AUGAGCACAUCCGAAAAGAGACAGAGCACCAGCGGCAAGCGCAUGAGCCAGAGCGGCAUCGAGCCCAAGAUGGAGACCAUGAAGUUGACCGAAGAACAAGCCGCAUCCUCCAACAACACCCCCGCCGAGUCCGCGAAGCCCACCGAGAAGCCCAAGAAGCAGGACAAGGAGCGGAAAGACCAGAAGAGCACCGCCAAAUCCUCCCAACAGCAGUCCAAGAAGAAAGCUGAAGAACCAGCACUCAUAGGCAUCACAUGCUCCAAAUCCGAAGAUCUCUCAGAAUGGUACCAGCAAGUCAUUCUCAAGGGCGAGAUGCUCGAGUUCACCGACAUUCCCGGCUGCUACAUCUACCAGCCCGCCUCGUACCGCAUAUGGGAGUUCAUCCAGAGCUUCUUCAACGACCGCAUUCGCAAGAUGAAGGUCAAGAACUGCUACUUCCCGCUCUUUAUUACGGAAGCAAACCUACAGCGAGAGAAGGACCAUAUUGAGGGUUUUGCAGCGGAGGUCGCGUGGGUGACGGAGGGCGGGAAGAAUAAGCUAGAGAAGAGGUUGGCGGUGCGUCCGACGAGUGAGACCGCAAUGUACAGCUUCUACAGCAAGAAGAUCAGGAGUCAUCGGGAUCUGCCGCUGAAGAUGAACCAGUGGAACAAUGUGGUGAGGUGGGAGUUCAAGCAUCCAAUGCCUUUCUUGCGGUCGAGGGAGUUCCUGUGGCAGGAGGGACACACGGCGCAUAUGACCGAGGAGGAGGCAGGGAAGGAGGUGCUGGAGAUUCUGGACCAUUAUGCUGCGAUUUAUGAGGACCUGCUGGCGGUGCCGGUGGUCAAAGGGAAGAAGACGAUUGCUGAGCAGUUUCCUGGCGCACACUACACAACUACUCUGGAAGGCUUCAUCCCGUCGGUUGGCAGAGGUAUUCAAGCAGCGACAUCUCACUGCCUUGGCCAGCACUUCGCGAAAAUGUUCGAUAUUACUGUCGAAGAUCCCAACCAGCAGGUCAAGGACGGCCAAGCACGCGACAAACUCCACGUCUGGCAGAACAGCUGGGGUUUCACCACCCGCUCCAUCGGCGUCAUGGUUCUCAUCCACGGCGACGACAAAGGCCUCAUUAUCCCACCUCGCGUCGCCGAAGUCCAAGUUGUUAUCGUUCCAGUCGGUGUCACAGCAAAGAUGGCCGACGCGGACAAGCAGAAGCUCUACGAUGAAGUCGACAAGCUCCGGCAAACCCUCGAAGACGUCGAUAUCCGCGUUGAGUGCGAUUACCGCGAAGGUUACAACGUCGGCUACAAGUUCAACGACUGGGAGAUGAAAGGCGUGCCUCUGCGUCUCGAAUUCGGCCCCAAAGACGCCGCGAAAGGCAUCGUCACCACCUCCCGCCGCGACCAGAGCGGCAGCAAAGGCGAAAUCCCCGUCUCAGACAUCGGCUCGGAAGUCCCCAAACUGCUCGAAGAGAUCCAGAAGAGCAUGUACCAGAAGGCUUCCGACGAGUACGCGGCGCACCGCAAGAUCGUACGGGACUGGGCGGACUUUGUGCCGACGCUGAAUGACAAGAAUGUGAUUCUGGUGCCGCAUUGCACGACGGAGGACUGCGAGGACCAGAUCAAGAAGGACUCGACAGGGAAUGUGGAAGGGCAGGAGGUGGAUGUGCGGGCGCCGAGUAUGGGAGCGAAGAGUUUGUGUAUCCCUGCUGAGCAGCCGGAGGAGAUCAAGGAGGGGACGAAGUGUGUGAAUCCGAAGUGUGGGAAGGAGGCGGUGAAGUGGGUGAUGUUUGGGAGGAGUUACUAA